GCGCAGCGCUCGGAUGAUGGACGUUGCUUAUUAAGAUUAGGAAGGGGCUUGAAAAAUACAAGACGCUCUUUUCCUCUUUGUAGUCUCGGAUCACAUGCGAACCCGGCCAUCAUGCCGAAGUGUUUGCUGGCUUUAUGCAGCAACGCCACGGGCUCGAAGAAUAAGGACCAGCACGUCAUGCUCCACAUCUUCCCCAGGCAGCCGGACAGGAUCAGGGAAUGGCUGCUGAAAACCGGGCAGCGGUUCAAGGACAUCGAGAAGCUCAUCGUGGCGCUCUCCAACGACGAAAGGCGGAAGAACUACCGCCUCUGCUCCACGCACUUCACGGAGGACUGCUACGUGGUCAACGGCAACCAGAAGACGCUGCGGAAGGACGCCGUCCCGACUAUAUUCCCCAGAAGCACCGGCGUCCCGUGCAUAGACGAGUAUAUGUUUUUCCGGCCCCCUAAGCGCCCGCGGAAGCCGGACCCCGCCACCCCACCGUCGGCCUCCAAAGAUAGCUCGACGUCAACCGAGACCGGCAUUGCGGUGAGGGAGAAAUCACCCGUUCUUAUUCGGUCUUUCUCACAAGGCCCGUUCACGGCGCGCUGCGGGGCUGGCUUCUCUAUGAUGAACCAGGACGGCCACUUUCUCAGCGAAGCGCUCUUGAAUAUUACCCUGGAGAUAAUCUUCCUGCUGAUCGGAGAGGAUUAUAUUCUCGUGAAGAAAACUGGUGAUAACGCCACAGACCACAGCAACACCCUAGAAGAAGCCCAAAGUGCCCCGAGGACAAUCAUGGACCCUCCGCCCAACUCGCUUGUGCACGUGAAGAACAACGGCGAGAAGAUCAGGAAUCUGGCAGGAAAGAUCAUUAACCUGCUGUCUGAAGAGGAGUUCCGUUUUGAGGAAGCACCGCUGAGCUUCAGUCAGUGA